CUGUUCAGCUGGACAGCAGAGGUUGAAACGAAUUUUUGUCGGCUUUUGGACUUUUAAUUUGUAAAAUAAUAUGUUUGUGGUAAGGCAGUUAGCAACUGUAACAAGGACUACAGCUCGAAGUGCUGUCAGAGCCAAGCAUACCCUACCGGAGCUUCCAUAUGAAUAUGCUGCUCUCGAACCUAUUAUUUCAAGAGAUAUUAUGAGCUUACAUCAUUCUAAACAUCAUAACACUUAUGUAACUAAUUUAAAUGCUGCUGAAGAAAAAUUGCAAGCUGCUGCCUCUAAGGGAGAUAUUAAUACUGUUAUUUCCUUGGCACCUGCUUUGAAAUUCAAUGGGGGUGGUCAUUUGAACCAUUCUAUUUUCUGGCAAAAUUUAUCUCCUUCUAAGUCAAAUCCCAGUGCAGAGUUAUGCACUGCUGUAAAUGAAGCUUUUGGAAGUUUUGAUAACAUGAAAAAACAACUUUCAGCUGUAACUACUGCGAUUCAAGGAUCUGGCUGGGGAUGGUUAGGAUAUAAUCCCAAUUCAAAAAAAGUCCAAAUCGCCACAUGUGCAAACCAGGAUCCACUUCAGGCAACUACUGGUUUGGUACCGCUUUUAGGCAUUGAUGUAUGGGAACAUGCUUAUUACUUACAAUACAAAAACGUCAGAGCAGAUUAUGUAAAUGCUAUUUUUGAAAUUGUCAAUUGGAAGGAUGUGUCUGAAAGGUACAAAAAAGCAUCCGGCUGUUAAUUUGUUAGUGAACUCAAAAGACUUCUAGUUGAUCUAAGCUUAGUGGAUUAAAAUAUUCACUUGUAAACUCAAAUUAUUUUAAAUUUUAUAUAAUACAUGGUUUUAAAAACAA